AUGGGGAUUUGUGGAUCUAAGGUUGAGGAGUCGUCAAAGACCAAUGUUUCACGGCAGAAUAAAACUAAUGGAGCACCUGAGAAGGAUCCUGCCAAAGCUACCAGUAAUGUCACUUCCAGUACUUCUGCUGAUACCAAAGUUGAUAAGCUGAAUAAUAAUGGCGAUGCAGUAGCGGACUCUUCGAAAUCAAAGAAAAACCAGGAAGUUAAAGUUUUGCUGCUUGGUGCCGGAGAAAGUGGUAAAUCCACCAUUAUUCAGCAGCUCAAAAUACUGCACCAAAAUGGUUUCACGCCUGAAGAGUUGUUGGAAUACAGAUCUGUCGUUUUCAAGAAUCUAUUGGAUGUUGGUAAGCAGUUGAAGGAGGCAAGAAGCAAGUUUAAUGUGCCACUUGAGCCGGACUGUAGUAUCACUGAGGAAGAUUUGGCACUUUUCAAUUCAUUUGACGCUAGUGAUGAUACCGUAGUAUUGAAGACUGACGAGGUUACGAAUAACGAAACACAAUCAGCAGGCGGCCAAGCCAAAGAAAACCGCAGUUUGUCCUCGAUAACACAAUUUCCACCAGAAUUGACCAGGAUUCUGGGGACACUGUGGAGUUUGCAAUCGACGCAGGAUCUAAUAGAUGGUAAGCAUAGGUCAGAGUUCUAUUUGAUGGACUCUGCAAGUUAUUACAUGGAAAAUCUGCCCAGAAUAUCAAAAGCAGAUUAUAUACCGGAUGAACAGGACAUUUUGCGCUCUAGACAAAAAACUUCUGGUAUCUUUGAUAAUGUUUUUGACAUGGGAGGUAACCUCAAGUUCCACAUCUAUGAUGUGGGCGGUCAGCGUUCAGAGAGAAAGAAGUGGAUUCAUUGUUUCGAUAAUGUGACACUAAUCAUUUUUUGUGUUUCUCUGUCUGAAUAUGAUCAAAUUUUACUUGAAGAUAGGGAGCAGAACAGGUUCCAGGAAUCAUUGGUUUUGUUCGAUAAUAUAGUCAACAGUAGAUGGUUUGCUCGAACUUCAGUGGUGCUGUUUUUGAAUAAGAUUGACCUGUUCGCUGAGAAAUUGCAGAAGGUACCUCUCGAAACUUAUUUUCCAGAUUACUCUGGAGGACAGGACAUUAAUAAAGCUGCCAAGUACAUUCUUUGGAGGUUUAUCCAAUUAAACAGGGCUAAUUUGAGUAUAUACCCACAUGUGACGCAGGCGACUGAUACAUCGAAUAUCAAAUUAGUUUUUGCGGCUAUCAAGGAAACGAUCUUGGAAAACACGUUGAAGGAUUCCGGUGUAUUAUAA